GUUUUCGCUAAGUCCGUCAACUAGUCAACAUAUCCAUGCGUUGUUCGGCGGCCGACUCCACUGGGCACUGGGUAGGCUGUGGCGCUGUGCGACGGUGAGAAUUCCAACAGGACUGCCGCGCGCGCGCGCACCGGCUUUAUCGUCGACGUCACCAUCCAAUCCCCUCACUAAUAGUAACGGCGCAUGCAGGCGGGCGGCAGCUCACCGUGUGUGUAUUUAAACGCCUCCGGCCGUAUCAAUCAUCCCGACUGGUCACUGUGCCAUUGCCGCCGUCCGUCCUAGGCUCCUAGCUAGCUAGCUAGCAAGCUCCGCCGACGACGGUACGUCAAUCGAGCUAGCCCUGCCCAUCCACUACACUACCGCAGCGGCAAGCAAUGGCGUGCGGCUCUGCUACCGCCGCUCGACCAGCAGCCCGCCUCUGGCUGCUGGCGGCGGUGGUGGUGGCGACCUCCUUCCUCGCCGUCGCGGCGCCGCCGGGCGCGCUGGUGACGAGCGUCCCGGGGUUCGGCAACAAGCAGCAGCUGCCGUCGAAGCACUACGCCGGGUACGUGACGGUGGACGAGCGGCACGGCAGGCGGCUGUUCUACUACCUGGUGGAGUCGGAGCGCGACCCGGCCCGGGACCCCGUCGUGCUCUGGCUCAACGGCGGGCCCGGCUGCUCCAGCUUCGACGGCUUCGUCUACGAGCACGGGCCAUUCAGCUUUGAGUCAUCAGGAGGGUCAGCUGGGAGCCUGCCAAAGCUUCAUCUCAACCCUUAUAGCUGGUCUAAGGUGUCGAGUGUGAUAUACUUGGACUCCCCUGCCGGCGUCGGGCUUUCCUACUCAAACAACGUUUCGGACUACGAGACUGGCGACUUCAAGACCGCCGCCGAUUCGCACACUUUCCUGCUCAAGUGGUUCCAGCUCUACCCUGAGUUCUUGGCAAAUCCGUUCUACAUAGCCGGAGAGUCGUACGCUGGCGUUUAUGUCCCUACCCUUUCAAGCGAAGUCGUCAAAGGAAUCCACAAAGGAGUGAAGCCAGUUAUAAACUUUAAGGGCUACAUGGUCGGCAAUGGUGUGUGCGACACCGUCUUUGAUGGUAAUGCUCUUGUGCCGUUUGCGCACGGGAUGGCUCUCAUUUCAGAGAGUAUAUACAAGGAAGCCAGCACUGCAUGUCAAGGGAAUUACUGGAACUCUAGCAGUGCAAAAUGCGACGAGGCGCUGUCAAAAGUCGAGACGGAAAUCGACGGAUUAAAUAUCUACGACAUCCUUGAGCCAUGUUACCACGCCCCAGCUGAUACCAAACAAGCAGCAGUGACCCCACAGGCACAGAGUACUAGCGAGCUGCCUCAGAGUUUCAAAGACCUCGGCGUGACCAGCAACAAGCCUCUCCCUGUAAGGACAAGAAUGCACGGACGGGCGUGGCCUUUGAGAGCUCCGGUAAGAGACGGCCGCGUUCCGUCGUGGCAGGAGCUGGCGGCUGAUGUAGCUUCGACUUCCAGUGGAGUUCCGUGUAUGAGCGAUGAGGUUGCGACAGCGUGGCUAAACAACAAUAGCGUCAGAUCCGCUAUCCAUGCCGAACCAGUCAGUUCAAUCGGACCCUGGGAAUUAUGCACGGAUAAACUGGAUUUUGAUCAUGAUGCCGGCAGCAUGAUCAUCUAUCACAAGAACCUCACGAGUCAGGGCUACCGUGCUUUCAUCUACAGCGGCGACCAUGACAUGUGUGUACCUUACACCGGGACUGAAGCAUGGACUGCGUCUUUAGGCUACGCCGUCGUUGAUCCGUGGCGACAGUGGAUUGUCGACGAACAAGUUGCCGGGUACACCCAAGGAUAUGAAAAGGGCCUUACUUUUGCCACUAUUAAGGGUGCUGGGCACACAGUUCCUGAGUACAAACCACAGGAAGCACUAGCUUUCUACAGCCGUUGGCUUGCCGGUGCUAAACUGUGAGGAGGCCUAUUUUGUGUGCAAAGGUCAUGCAGUACUGAAUCAAACAGAAGUUGGAUAAAGCAUGCAGCAAUAAGGCAGUCGAAGGAUCAAAGUAUCCAACGCGCCAACUACAAUGUUGCAUUCAUUUUCACAUGUUAUACCAAUGCAGUUGCUAAUUACCUGC